AUGGGUGUUUGGACCACUUUCGAGUGGUUGAGUGGUAAAUAUUUUCUUACCGAAAUUUUCCAAAACACCCGUUUGCAUGAGAUAAAAUCGAAAAAUAUUAAUAUAAAGACCGUAAAUAUGAGUUUAUCAGUUGCGUAUUAUGCUACAUUACCGUGGGGUUUGAACACGUUCUAUGUAGGGAAUUUUCAUAAUGUGUUUGUAAACCAUUUAGGCAGAACAAUGAAUACUUACGUUUACAUUUACGCGCAAAUUAUAGAUUUGUACUUAGAACGCACAGGUAUAACCGUCGAAUCUCAUGUUUUACAAAGCAUACGAGAUAGUAUCCGGUAGCAUAACGACGGGACAAAAUUAUUUUACAAAUAUCUUUAUUUACUUUCAAACACCGAUAAAGACUCACAAAAUGAACCACAACCAACUAAUGACAUAAAAACUAUCCUUUUUAGAACACAAAAUAUUGACGACAGCGGUAAUAUAACUCUCAAUGACAUCAUCCCAGAGCACGAAAAAGAUAAUUUUUUGGAAUGGUCCGAGACAAAACUUCCCAACAACGAUGAAGGAUACAAACAAUUUAACACGUUUAUAAACGGGAAUUGCAUGGAUGCUAUGAACUAUAUGAGUACAUUUUUUUCCAUCGUAGAGAAAUCUAUGGACAUCAAUUUUGAAUUCCAUUCUGCUACUACUAUGUACUCACAGUACUGUCCGGAAAAUAUAUUUGAUAUUAAAUCCGCAGUCAAGCUUAUGAGCGUAGUUAGAGACAAACAAAAAAAAAGAGAGCCCGGUUCUAAAAACGUAGUCAUUGGUUCGAGUUCAUCUGGAAAUAAAUGA